GGGUGGAGGGUGAGCAAGACCCAGAUGCCGUGGAAAGAGCUCAGCAGGAAGCGAGAACAACGCGGACUCUGGGACUCGCUGUGGCCGGCCAAGAGCAGCCCCCACGGUGCCUGCGGUCGGACUCGGGUGCCCUCUUUCAACGCUGGGUUCAUGUUUCUGCAACGGCAGCUCGGCUGAAGGCAGGCAGGAAGCCAGGAGGAGGAGGAGCAGCAGCAGGAGGAGGUGUUUUCAGCAGCGUUCGCAGGGAAGAGACGUUCCAACGGCAGCCUGACUUAAGAGAUCGCCAUGGCCCAUUGGAGGCGCGUGUUCCAGAUGCAGCCCCCGUCCUCCGGUCAAAGGCUCCGGUGGCUCGGCAGUGCGGCCGGACCGACGGCAGAGAAGAGUGUCCCUUACCAGAAGACGCUGAAGGAAGGGAGCCCGCCGGGGCGGGGGCCCAGCAAGCCCCUCCCGGCGUCCGCGGACGUGGUGGUGAUUGGUGGAGGCAGCCUGGGGUGCCAGACCACCUACCACCUCACCAAGAUGGGGCUGCGCAACGUCGUCCUCCUCGAGAGGGAGCGCUUGACCUCUGGCACCACCUGGCACACCGCAGGGCUCUUGUGGCAGCUGCGCCCCAACGACGUGGAGGUGGAGCUGCUGGCUCACACCCGGAACGUGGUCAGCCGGGACCUGGAGCAGGAGACGGGGCUCCACACGGGGUGGAUCCAAAAUGGCGGCCUCUUCAUCGCGUCCAACAAGCAGCGGCUGGACGAAUACAAGCGGCUCAUGUCGCUGGGCAAAGUCUAUGGCAUUGAGUCGCACGUCCUGUCUCCGGGGGAGACGAAAGACCUCUAUCCCUUGAUGAAUGUGGGCGACCUCUACGGCACGCUCUACGUGCCCACGGACGGCACCAUGGAUCCGGCGGGGACCUGCACGACCCUGGCCCGGGCUGCCAGCAGCCAAGGAGCUCUGGUCGUUGAGAACUGCCCCGUGACGGGCAUUGAGGUCAGAACAGACGACCUGGGCGUCCGAAGAGUAGCGGCCGUUGUGACGGAGAAUGGGACCAUCCAGGCACCCUGUGUGGUGAACUGCGCAGGCGUGUGGGCCCCGGCCCUGGGCAAGAUGGCGGGGGUCAGCGUGCCCCUGGUGGCGAUGCAUCACGCCUACGUGGUGACCGAGAGGAUCGAGGGAAUCCAAAACAUGCCGAAUGUUCGAGAUCACGACGCAUCGGUGUACCUCCGUCUCCAAGGCGAUGCCCUUUCCGUGGGCGGGUAUGAGUCAAAUCCAAUCUUCUGGGAGGAGGUCCUGGACAAAUUUGCCUUUGGCCUCUUUGAUCUGGAUUGGGACGUGUUCACACAGCACAUCGAAGGAGCCAUCAACCGGGUCCCUGUGCUGGAGAAGACCGGGAUUAAAUCCACAGUCUGUGGCCCAGAGUCCUUCACGGCUGACCACAAGCCGUUGAUGGGGGAAGCACCGGAGGUGCGGGGCUUUUUCCUGGGCUGCGGCUUCAACAGCGCUGGGAUGAUGCUUGGCGGUGGCUGUGGCAAGGAGCUGGCGCACUGGAUUGUUCACGGGCAUCCCGAGAAGGACAUGUACGGCUAUGACAUUAGGAGGUUUCCCCACUCCCUCACCACCAACAACCGCUGGAUCCGGGAGCGGAGCCACGAGUCGUACGCAAAGAACUACUCCAUCGUCUUCCCGCACGACGAGCCCCUGGCGGGACGCAACAUGCGGAGGGACCCACUCUAUGAGGAGCUCCUGCGUCAGGGCUGCGUCUUCCAGGAGAGACACGGCUGGGAGAGGCCUGGCUGGUUCCACCUGCGGGGCGAGGCGCCGGUUUUGGAUUACGACUAUUACGGCGCGUACGGCAAGACCCCCCACGGAGACUGUGCCUAUAGCCGGUUGCUCUCGGCCGAGUACACGUUUGACUUCCCCCCUCACCACAACGUUAUCCGGGACGAGUGUUUAACCUGUCGGAACGCGCUGGCUGUGUUUGACAUGUCUUACUUUGGCAAGUUUUACCUCGUCGGCCCCGAAGCCAGGAAGGCGGCCGACUGGCUGUUCACGGCGGAUGUGAGCAAACCUCCAGGGGCGACCACUUACACCUGCAUGCUCAACCGGCACGGGGGAGUCGAGAGCGACCUCACGGUCAGCCCAAUAGAGCCCAGCGCCCAGGACUCCGCACUGGCACCAGCGUUUGAAGGGGAUGGCUACUACCUUGCUGUCGGAGGGGCCGUGGCACAGCACAACUGGUCCCACAUCACCAGCGCUCUGCAGGACGGGACGUUCCGCUGCCGGCUGAUUGACCAGUCGGAGGAGCUGGGGAUGAUCAGCGUCCAGGGGCCCUGCAGCCGUGCUGUCCUGCAGGAGGUGCUGGACACGGAUCUCAGCGACGAGGCCUUUCCGUUCUCCACGCACAAGCUGGUGAAGGCGGCAGGCUGCACGGUCCGGGCCAUGCGGCUGUCGUUCGUGGGGGAGAUGGGUUGGGAGCUUCACGUGCCCAAGGAGCAUUGCGUCCGGGUCUACCGGUCGGUCAUGAAGGCCGGAGCCGAGCACGGCAUCGCCAACGCCGGCUACAGGGCCAUCGACUCGCUCAGCAUCGAGAAAGGUUACCGGCACUGGCACGCGGACCUCCGCUCCGACGACAGCCCCCUAGAAGCCGGCCUGGCCUUCACGUGCAAGCUCAAGUCGGACAUCCCUUUCCUCGGACGGGAAGCCACGGAGGCCCGGAAAGCAGCUGGAAUAUCCCGCCGCCUGGUCUGCUUCACCAUCGACGAGAAGGUGCCCCUCUUUGGCCUGGAAGCCAUCUGGAGGAACAACCGGGCUGUGGGGCACAUCCGCAGGGCAGACUUCGGACACGCUAUUAAUAAAACGGUUGCCUACGGGUACAUCCACGACCCUGAAGGAGGGCCGGCCUCCCUGGACUUCGUGAGAAGCGGCGAAUACCAGCUGGAGCGGAUGGGGGUCCCCUAUGCAGCCAAAGCUCACACAAAGUCGCCCUUCGAUCCGGAGAACAGGAGAGUGAAAGGGGACUACUGAGCCUGGUGGACAGAGACCGCUGUAUGGAUGGAGAAGAGACAAAGGCCUUGGACUGCGAGGGGCUCACGAUUCAGCCGGUCCUUCCCACAGCCCUGUAAGGACACCAGAAGAGCCCUGAGGCUGGAUCGGGCUGCAAGGGGCGGGGGCGGGGGUGGGGGUCUCCCAAGCAGGGCAGGCUGGGGGCAUUCAUCUCCAUCAUCCCAUGCGGCCACUGAGCGUGGCCCUCUCGCUGGCUGAGCUUUGGUAACAAUCGCGUGGUCGGGCACCCAGCUGCCCCUCCUGGCAUGAAUGGCCAGUUACUGCCAGAGGACACCCCCCCACUCACCCCCCCCCCAGAGCCUUCUGUCUCCUUUUGCCCUUAAUUACAAAAUCAUUAGAGACCUCCGAGUACAUUAACAGUCGAACUUUGCAUAUAAAUAAAACUAACAUUUGC